AUGCUUACCUGGGAUUGCUGCAAGCAGAAUAUUCAGAAGGCUAGUAAUUCAGCAUUUCAGAUUUUUGGAUUCAGUAUAUUAUUGGAAGUUGUGAAGGCGGUGAUCUUAUUCAGUGGUGAUGCUCUCGAUGCAUUAAAUUUACGCCGUUAUUGUUGCCGAAGAAUGCUUCUGUCACAUGUUGAUUUAAUUGUCAAGCUGCUCGAUUAUCAUCCUUUAGAGAAAUGA